CUUCAAAUUCUUAUCACAUCUAUUUUUACCACAAAAAUAUAUUAUUAAUAAAUACUUAAACUUUUAAAUAAUUUUUCGCCAUAUAUAAAAUAUAACAACUUAUUCAUCAAUUCCAAUCAUCAAUUAUUUAAUUAACCAACGUCCUAUUUCAGGAACCUAGGAUAUCUCCAUCAGUGAUUACGAAAUUUCAUGUUUGUAUUGCGAACGUUUACUGGGUGUGGACGUCUAACGUUUUACGUCUGUCGGUCUUUUAUUCUCCGACACAGUCUAGUUCUGUCCGCACGUAUCUGCUCGCCUCUACCUUUGACAGUAAAAAAAUUCUUCAAGGGUAAAAAUAAAUUUUUAACAUAAAUUAUUUAUUAAUAAUAACUGUGUUAAGUCAACACUGCACGUGACAAUCUGCCUACGUGAUAUAAUACAUAAAUAAUAAUAAUGGUAGAAAAACAAUUAUUAGAAAAAGUUAUUGCAACUUUGCAAUUACCAGCAGUUGUAGCAUUUGGUAAUCCAUUAUUAGAUGUCGUAUCUAAUAUUCAAGAUGAUAAUUUGUUGGAAAAAUAUAAACUUAAAGUUGACAGCGAAAUUGAACUGUCGGAGGAUAUCAUUCAGGAAAUUUUAGCUGAUUUGCCUACUGACUGGAAGCAAAGAGUAGCUGCUGGAGGAUGUGCACAAAAUACUGCAAGAAUUUUACAAUGGCUUUGUGGUGGUCCAAAAAUUCCGCAUGUUGUAAUUUAUUGUGGUGGUAUAGGAAAUGAUUCACGCGGUACAACUUUGGAAAAAUUAGUUAAAUCUACUGGGGUUGAAACACGGUAUGCUCUACAUCCUGACCUUCCAACAGGAAUAGCCCUGUCAUUAUCAAGAGACUCAUCAAGAAGUCUGAUUGCUAACUUAGGCGCUGCUGGUGUUUAUUCACUAGAUGAUUUGAAAAAAGCAAAUUUGCCAUGGGAUACUAUUAAAAUUGUUUAUAUCGAAGGGUUCUUUCUAACUCAUGGCCUUGAUGUCGCCAAAGAAGUUGUCCGAUUGACACAAGACAAAAAUAUUAUCAUCGCUUUUAAUAUCAAUGGCGAGUAUAUGGUCCAGGAUCAUCAUGCAGCAGUAUGUGAGAUGGUCGGACUAUCUAAAAUAGUAUUCGGUAACGCACGUGAAAUGACAGCACUUGCAAAAGCGCUGAAUAUUAAAUUUGACAACGUAGCAGAUAUUCCGUUUCUUUUGAACAGCUCUAAGCGUGUAACUGUUGGUGUAUCUAGUACUGAACGAAGUAAAGAUGAUUGGUUAGCUGAUAAUGAUAUAUUUGUCAUGACACAAGGCGGGUCUGCUCCUGCUAUUGUCGUUUGGGGACAAGGAAAUUCAGUCCAAGUACAGCCGGCAAAACCAACAAGUCCAGUAGUUGAUGCAACUGGUGCCGGUGAUGCUUUGGUUGCUGGUUUUCUAGCCGGAGUGCUUUCUCAGUGGGACCCAAAGUCUUGCUUAGAGUGCGGAUGUAAAACUGCUGGAAUGAUGGUCACAAGACUGGGUGUUACUCUUCCAGAUGUUGUCCCCGAUGAUUUAUUAAAUUAAUUUGACAAACUCGUAAUUAAAAUAGCCGGAGUUACUUAUUCGAUUAAUUAUUUUAUUUAUUUAUUAUUGUUUAAUAUAUAUUUUAAUUAAGUAUUAACAUGAGAUUUUUAGUAAUACUUGUGUGUGUGUUAAAUAUUUUCAUUUUGAAAGUAGUCUUUGGCACUUUCUAUAAAGUACAAAUAAAGUAUUAUUAUUAAAUGUU